AUGACCACUUUCAGGUUUUCGUUCGGUUUCGGAGUGGUGGCCAUCGCUCUCUCUCUCAUCUUGACUCUUUACGUGCCUCUCUCUGUCCAUGCGCAAUCCCUACCUCCGGCACCUCCUCCCUCCAGCGACGGAACCUCCAUAGAUCAAGGGAUUGCGUAUGUGUUGAUGAUGUUGGCUUUGGCACUCACUUAUCUCAUUCACUCCUCUUCCACCUUUUGA